UUGAUUGAAGAUUAUACGGAAGAGGUUGCAACUCAACUUGAAUAUAUUAAUCAGUCAGAUUUUUCGGAUGUUUCCCAUACUUCUAAGCCCGAUUUCUUUCAUGAUACUCGUCAAAGUUUUGGUUGUUCUGCCUUAGUCCUUUACGGUGGAGCAGCUUUUGGGCUUUAUCAUCUUGGAGUUGUGAAAGCACUUCAUGAAAAUGGAUUAUUACCAAGGGUCAUAUGUGGUUCUGCAGUUGGUGCUUUUAUAGCUGCUCUUGUGUGCGUUCAUACUGAUGAGGAAUUACCAUUAAUAUCAAGUGCUGCUUGCGCUUCGGUUGCUAUAAUGGGUCUCUACGAUAGUUACGAUUUGUUAGCAAAGGAUAAAACUGGCAAACAAAUUCCAUGGGCCACUGAUAUCAAAUUUAAGAAAUGGACAGAUGCGGUUCCAUCUGAAAGGUACGAGCCAAUAAUAACUUAUCCAUUUGUAGUUUUAUUAAUAAAUUCACGUAUUAUUAUCUCGAUUAUUCUGCGCAAUAGUGAAUCUCCGUCAACAAGACUUUCCGAAUUAUUUAAUGUUAAUCAUUUUAUUGUAUCUCAAGCAAAUCCUUGUAUUGUUCCAUUCAUGUCCCGAGAACAAACAACGCGAACAAAUUUUUUGGUAAAAUGUGGAUAUUUUCUAUCAACUGAAAUUAAACACCGAGUAUUUCAGCUUGAACAAAUGCGAAUUCUACCACGAAGACUUCGUGGAAUUGUUGAUGAGAAAGUGUCUGGGGACGUUACUAUCGUACCCUCUAUUACCAUUGCACCCAACACACGAAUCAUUGGAUUAUUGGAUAUUAAAAGGAGAACAGUCUACAUGGCCUUUAUUGGCAUUGAUAAAGAAUCGAUGUAA